CUACUUCAAAUGAGGGAACUUUUCAUAGUAACGUUGCUUCGUAUUCCUGCUGUUGUGUCCCUCUUGCUGCUCAACAAGUUAGCAAACUGACGUUAACUUGAACUUCUUGGACGAAACAUCCUUAAUGAGCAACUUAGCUAAAAUUUUGUUUUUAGGUGAUUUUGUUAGCAGACGUGCCUGCUACAUACAGGUAACCAUAAGUUUAUAGUACACGGCGUUAUUCCGGUGGAGUAAUAAGCCUAUGACUGCAUGACAAAUAACUGGGUGUGCUGCGGUUUGUUGUUGUGCUGAGAAAUCUCUGGAGUCAGUGCUGGCACGUCUGAAUAGGCUCAGACCCACAAAGGUUGAUGCAGCAGAAAUAGCUGGACUCACAGACACUGCUGCCUUCAGUAUUUUUUGAUGUACUAUAUCUGUGAUUGCCAGCGAGUUUUAUUGCUGGCUACUUUGCAGGUUUGUAGCUCACUCUGAGCUCGGACAGACACAGAGGCAGACUGUUUGUCAUCCUAGGUUUGUGGGCUGGUAAUGCAUUGAGGAACCAAUGGAGACCACAGACCGUGCCACUGAAGGCGACCCCCUGAAGAGGGGAGAGGACGGGGUGGAGACAGGAACAACACCUCCAGCAACAGAGCUGAAGAGGAAGACUUGUAAGGAAGUCUUGGGCUUUUCUAAACUGACCCACUGGAGAACUGCGGUCUUCUUCCUCUCCUUGUUUAUCUGCCUCACCAUUGUGUUUGCCUUCUCCUUCAUCAUCCCCUGUCCCGUCAGACCACAGUAUAUGAGUGCCUGGAACAGGACUUUCUCUGAAGCAGCAACCUAUGAUUUCUUAGCUAUUGAAGAAGCAAGCAAAGACAAGGUGUUGGAUGUCCUGUUUGUCCUUAAGGACACAGAAGGCAGUCAGAACAAUACAUGCAGCGACGCAGGUCUGCCCUCGCCAUGUGUGUUUGUCCUAGCAGUGGAUGGGACAGAUGGUGAAACCUUGUGGGAACGUGCAUUUAAACCUGAGUUCCACUGGGCCCAGUGUGGUAUGGAUGAAGAGACAGGCAGGACCUGGCACUGUCUGCUGUCCCACUCAGACAAACUGUCAGCCAUUGACAAAUUCACUGGUGCAGUCAGGUGGCAGCAGACUCAGCCUCCUGGUCUGCACACCACCUUGCCUGUGCUCAGUGUCCCAGAUCUGGAUGCGGACGAGAUCGGCGAUGUGGCUCUGGUGGCUCCUGACGACACACAGACUCAGCUGAUAUUCCUCUCAGGGCAGACAGGUGACCAGAUUGGCUCUACCGUGGUUCUUGAUUCUACAAAAACAACCAAUCAUCUCCUCUAUCGCACUACAGAAGGUUCUCACUAUGUGCUGCUUCAAAACGAUACUGGCUUGUAUGGAUUGGCACUUUGGAGGAUCGCUGCCAAAGCUAAAGCGGGGUUCGAGGUGGGCCUCAAGAAGGAUAAACACUGGGAGAAAAGUGCCAGUAUCACAUCUGAUCUUGUACCAGUCUACUUGUCUGACUCAGUAAAACAAGUGCUGAAAAUAGGAGAAACAGAUGAUCACUCCAACCUGCUGCUUGUGACUGGGAAUGAGGUGGCUUUAGUUGAUGGAAAAAAUCUGGAGCUACUAUGGAGUUUCAAUACCAGCUCAGUCCUCGGUAAGCCCUCCUUCGGUCACUUCAACAAAGAUGGUGUACUCGACGUUGUGGUUGAGGAGUAUAUUGGCAACUACACAAAGAGGAUAUUAAUCCUGGAUGGGAAGUCUGGCGGUGUGCUGUGGGAAGUCAACCUUUUGGCCAGUCCUAAUUCACCCCGACCCGCCUCCAUACACACCACCAACAGUUUCUCCAUCUUCAUGUUUUGGGGCAUGAUGCCCUCAGAAACCAACUCUUCUGUACAUGUAACUGGUGAACGACGUUCUUACAUGCUGCUUCCUCUGUAUUCCAAAGUUCUCCUCGAGUCACCCAAUAUCAUGGACCACAUAGUAACAUUUAAAGCUACGCUGUUGGAGCGUGGACGUCACGCUGCCUACUUCCUGCUGACAGGUCCACCUGACAGGACAGAAGGAGCUGAAGGCACGGUUGUCCUCAGCAAGCGUAAGCUGAAGCAGGACGUCCCUUCCAGCAAUGUCCUCCGUAUCGGCACCAGCGGACCAGAGACCAAUGAGGACAUCAAAGAAGCCUUCAACCGACUCCGCUUCAGCGAUCAGUGAGAGGACCAACUGUAACAUGCACCUUUUAGCUCCAGUUUGUGCCUCUUAUGUACUAGCAAACAUCCAGGUCACUAAGUUAACCAUAAGUUAUAAGAUACUGUUUCAUGCAGACGGUUAGAAGAGCUUUUGGGGUUUCUGGGAUACUUUCAGAACAGCAGUAAGUGUUUUUAAACAACCUUGUGGGUUUUUCAAACAUUGCUGGUUAAUUAAAUCUCCUUAUAUGAUGGUAACAUCUGUGAUCUUAAUCUAUCUAACGCAUGAGAGGCACAGACUGGGGCUAGAACAGCAUGUCCUCAGUGUUAAAACAUUUUGGCACAGCUGACUGUAAUGUAGCUCAACUUUACUUUAACCAAAAUGUAUACACUAGCUAUGACUUUCCAUCUGCAGACAACCAAAGAAAUUCCUCCUAAAUUCCUAUAUUUAGAGGACUUGGGCUGGCUGGAUUUGACAAGGUUCUUCCGUUAAUCCCCACUGAACUAACAGGGCAUUUUCUGGCCUCAGACUUGACUGCAUACCUACUAUCAUGAGUUUGAUCUCAUUUAGCGUCCAAAGAGCUACUGUUCUCUGACAAUCACUGUUCUCCUGCUGACAAACGUGUCAUAGCCUUGCUGUAUUGUUUCUAGCACUUUCAUGCAUCGAUGUAAUGCUCUUUUUUUAAAUUGCCAAGGCCAGAUUGUUAAAAUCUGGAUUAUUUUGUGGAUCUAUGCAACUGUAUGUCACACUGUGCUUUAAACGUGGCAGAUGCGGCCACUGAAGUUUGUUUUCACUACAGGCGGUAGUUACUGUGUAUUCCAUAUAACAAUCAUAGGGCUCGUUUUCUUUGAGUACUUUUUUCUGAAACUGUAACUUGAAACAUGGCAGAAACCCCACCAAUCUUCAAGUAUCCUGUUCUCCAAAAUAUUGAGAAGGCAGUCUUAUAGUCAACACUACUGCUGAUAAUCAAGACAUUUGUGUCUGUUACUCACUGAAUCCAAGAUGCUGUAACUAUUAAUGCUCUUAAACGCACACAGACUUAACUUCAGGCCUCCUUUGAGACACUGCUGAGUCUCAAAAGUUCACCUAAAUAUUGAGUUAUUGCUGUGGGUGAGCAGCUACUUAUGAAGCAGUUUUUCUAAGUGAUUUUAUAUUAGCUAAAUAUAUGAAAACGAGGUUUUUUUUUUGUCUUUGCUGUACAUUAAUAUAUUUAACCUGUGGGGCAGGCGUUUAUUGGAGCUGACGUUUCUUUCUGAUUUCAUGUUUUAAUCUGAGCAAUAUUAAACCAUUUUAAAAUAAGUUUUGUUUCAUAUCAAAGAUGGAUCUUUUCAUGGAUGCAAAUACACUACCAGUCAAGUUUUAGAAAACCUCAGUUUUUCAUGUUUAUAUUGAAAUUUACGUAGUUUGUGUCAAUGUACAAACAAUUGGAGAUAAAAAAAAAAGAAAUGGAAACAAAAAAUAGCCAAAGCAACCACCUCUUGGAGACAUAAGAGCUGAACACACAGUCUUUCUACAAUGGAAAUCAAAA